CAACUUUUUGAUGCUGUCUACUGCCGGUGUUAUGAGACGGGUUUUGUAAGGUGCUAUUUGGGUUUGUUGUUUGCAGAGCGGGAGGUUACACAAGCUUAGGCUGGCGACGAACUGACGACACUGCAGCAAACUUCACUUUGGCCGAUUCUGACAGAAAUUCGCUAGUGAUCUUUCACUAGCAGAUCCAUAAUGCUUCCAGCUAGCAGAUAUUCCACUAAGGCCCACAGGUGUCUCAGGGCACUGAAAACGGCCCAGACAGAGCAUGUGUCCCCUCAGCUGUACACAACACUACACAGACGGGCUUGUUCCUCAGUGUCAACUCCCCGCAUUACAACACACUACACCAUCCAUCCCCGAGAGAAAGAUCCACGAUGGGAAGGGAUCGAAAUGGAAAGGUUUGCUGAUGAGGCUGAUGUGGUCAUAGUAGGUGGAGGACCUGCUGGUCUUUCAGCAGCCAUUCGCCUAAAGCAGCUUGCCAACGAACAGGAGAAGGAGUUGCGAGUGUGCCUGGUUGAAAAAGCCUCUCAGAUUGGAGCCCAUACGCUGUCAGGAGCCUGUUUGGAGCCCAGCUCCCUCAAUGAACUCAUCCCUGAUUGGAAGGAGCGAGGGGCACCUCUGAACACUCCAGUGACUGAGGAUGUUUUCAGCAUUUUAACAGAAAAAUACAGAAUUCCUGUCCCCAUAUUGCCAGGUCUGCCCAUGGUAAACCAUGGUAACUAUAUUGUGAGGCUCGGGAACUUUGUACGCUGGCUGGGGGAGCAGGCGGAGGAGCUUGGGGUGGAACUGUAUCCAGGUUAUGCUGCUUCUGAAGUUUUGUUUCAUGAAGAUGGAAGUGUGAAAGGAGUUGCUACUAAUGACGUGGGCAUCGCCAAGGACGGCUCGCCCAAGGAUGUUUUUGAAAGGGGAAUGGAGCUUCAUGCCAAAGUCACCAUAUUUGGAGAGGGCUGUCAUGGCCAUUUGGCCAAGCAGCUUUACAAACAUUUCAACUUGCGGGAGAACUGUGAACCCCAGACCUAUGCCAUUGGCCUGAAGGAGGUGUGGAUGAUCGAUGAGAAGAAGUGGCGUCCCGGUCGAGUGGAGCAUUCUGUUGGCUGGCCGCUGAACAGGAACACAUACGGAGGCUCUUUCCUGUAUCACCUGAAUGAGGGCGAGCCAUUGGUGGCCCUGGGUUUAGUGGUUGGUCUCGACUACACCAACCCUUAUCUGAGCCCGUUCAGAGAGUUUCAGCGUUGGAAGCACCAUCCCUUUGUAGCUCCCACCCUGGAGGGAGGCCACCGGAUCGCAUACGGAGCCAGAGCCCUGAAUGAAGGAGGAUUACAGUCCAUCCCAAAGCUGACAUUCCCUGGGGGGCUACUGAUUGGCUGCAGCCCCGGUUUCAUGAAUGUCCCUAAGAUCAAAGGGACUCACACGGCCAUGAAGAGCGGCAUGUUGGCCGCCGAGACCAUCUUCGCCAAGGUCACUGCAGAGGACGUGGAAUCAGAAACAGCAGGGCUUCAUGUACCUGAAUAUGCCGAGGCGUUGAAGAGUUCAUGGGUGUGGAAAGAGCUGCACGCUGUGAGAAACAUCCGGCCAUCCUUCCACAAUUACUUUGGCUUGUACGGAGGAAUGAUCUACACCGGCAUUUUCUACUGGAUCUUCAGAGGAAAGGAGCCAUGGACGCUUAAACACUGUGGCCUUGACGCACACCAGCUGAAACCGGCUAAAGAUUGUACACCUAUCGAGUAUCCCAAGCCUGACGGGAAGAUAAGCUUUGACCUGCUCUCCUCUGUGGCCCUGAGCGGCACCAACCACGAGGGGGACCAGCCCCCACAUCUGACCCUCAAAGAUGACAGUGUCCCUGUCAACAGGAACCUGGCUGUGUUCGAUGGCCCCGAACAACGCUUCUGCCCUGCAGGCGUGUACGAGUAUGUUCCUCUGGAAAGUGGGGAUGGGAUGCGGUUACAGAUCAACGCUCAGAACUGUGUCCACUGUAAGACGUGCGAUAUCAAGGACCCGAGCCAGAAUAUCAACUGGGUCGUACCCGAGGGCGGCGGCGGACCAGCGUACAAUGGAAUGUAAAUGUCUGACUUUGGUUUUUUUAUUGUAAAAAGAUGAAUUCAGGGUUUAAAAUGUCUGCCGGCGAGUGGCAGUGUGCCUAAAUGCGGAACUGAAAAUAACUUGUGGAGUGUAUGAAAAACAUUUAAUCUGCUUAAAGUUAAGUUUUCAGAAAUAAGCCAAUGCACGCAUAAUCUUGGACCAUGUACGAGUUGAGAUUAAGCAGGAGGCGGUACUUCCUGUUCAGUAGUUUUUACAUUACUGCCUUAUUGUCCACGGGCAUUCGACACAGAUUUUAUUACUUGACAAACUGUAAUAGUUAAUAUAUGUCUUUCAAAAAUCUGUAACUGAACAAAGAAAACAAGCUGAUGUUACGUCAAAGUUCGUUUCAUGUGUGUUUAUUGCAGGUAAACAUUUUUCAUCUGCACAGUUUUGUACAUAAUGUCAUUAGAGGGUAACUUUUUUUAACAUGGUAUAUUUCUAAUAAAUGUGGCUCUACCUCUGUAAAGGUUGCGACUUCACGUAAAACAUCUGGCCAAUAUGCACAUCUCUGGUCUCAACCUUAAGAGCCAUAAAAGCUACAUUUAACGGAAAUACUCUGUUAAAAAAAAA